AGGAAAGAGCGAAGCCAGUUCUCCCACAGAACAAUUGGCUACUUCAGAUCGAGAUGUCAACAUCUGCAGUAGUGCGGCCAGCCGCACAGCUUCUCUUGAAGCCCACACGAACCCACCAUGUCUCCCUGACCUUCCUCACUCCCUCAAUCGUCAAGACCCAAACCUCUCAAUUCUCCACCUCGCGACAAUCCUUCUUCCCCCGCGACUUCAACCGUGAAAGAGGUGUCAGCACAGUCAGGAGAACUGGCCCUCGCCAGCCCCUGAGUGUCUCCAAUGACCCUCUUCCGGAGCCCGUCCUCGACCCCAAAAAGCGGAGCAAGCUCCGUGUCGACGAAAACCACGGCUUAUAUCAAUUUUUCCACUCGAAAGAGAAGGCAAUGAACACACCAGAGGAGGAUAACAGCCACGGCCGCCCUUGGAGUGCGGAGGAGUUGAGGCACAAGAGCUGGGAAGACCUGCAUUCGCUGUGGUGGGUUUGCUGCAAGGAGCGCAACAGGAUUGCAACGGAGACACACGAGCGAGAGCGUCUCGAUGCCGGUUACGGUGACUACGAGGCAAAGGCGAGGGAUGUUGCUGUCCGGAGAACUCAGCGGGCGAUUAAGCAAGUACUUACCGAGCGAUACUAUUCAUGGGAAGAUGCGAGGAAGUUGGCAGCGGGCGAUCCGGAGGUGGAUCUCUCUGGAGAAGGACCAGCACAUACACCAAGCCUGGAUGCCUUUGAGUUAGAAGAGCCGACUGCGGAGGAGCUCGAGGCUGAAGCAGCCGAAGCGGCCGCGGCAGAGGGCACCGAAAAGGGUCAGCCGGUCAAGCCCCAAACGGUAUAGUGAGCUCAAUGGGAUCUGUUGAGAAUCCACAAGCCAUUAUAAGACAAAGGGGUCUAUCUGAACAUAGACUCACGCAUGAGCUGGCAGGGAAAUGACCGUCUUCGGUCAAUGUUGUAUUGGAGACUACGGAAGCGCAUUUGGAUGUAGGAUAAAGCUGUAUAAGAUAGAGAUCAUCUUUGUGUAGGAGUAUAUAACAAAUUACUGUUG